AUGAACUACACACUGAACAACCUACGAGUUAUCACGGCUCCAACGUUGGCAAGUGAUCACUCUCUGCUUCCUUUUGUUAUAAUACCUGCUAUAUGUAUUUACUUGGUAUACGCUCUGAAAACAAAUCGCACCAAACUUGGACUUCCUGUUGUCGGACAUAGGACGUUCUGGGAGCCCAAAUGGCUUGUACGAUUGCGUUUCAUCCGCGGGAGUAGGUCGAUGAUCAAGGAAGGAUACGAAAAGUAUCGAGACCUAUUCGUGCUCCGCCGUGUGGGAGCAGAUGUGGUUGUUAUUGGAGAUAAUAAGCUUCUUAAUGAGAUUCGAGCCCUCACCAACGAUGCUGUGCGCUCUGUAAAGCCUUUUCUCGACGACUUUGCUGGAGACUGGACGAAUGGAAACAUAUUUGAGACAAGCGAUGUACAGACUCGCGUGUUACAGACGAAACUGACACCAAAUCUCAGCACCUUGGUUCCUGUCGUCCGGGAUGAGUUGCAAUAUGCUUUACAGAAAGAACUUCCCCCGUGCGAUGGUGAAGACUGGGUAGAGCUGGACUUGAUGACUGUCUUUCCACGUAUCAUUUCUCGGCUGGUUGCACGCGUGUGGAUUGGUCCGGAUCGCUGUCGUGACGAAGACUGGCUCUUAACAACAGCGCAAUAUACAGCGAAUCUAUUUAUCACGGGGACCAUUUUACGCUUUGUUCCAAAAUUUCUACGCCCAGUUGUUGCUCCGAUGCUACCGACAUAUCGACAGCUUCAUCGCAACGUCAAAGAUGCUGUGCGUAUUGUUGGCGAACUGGUUGCAGAGCGCGAAAGGGUCGAUACGCCAACAGCUCACCAAGAUGUCCUGCAAUGGUUACUCGAAGCGGCAAACGAGAAAGAGCGGAAGAUUGAAAAUCUGGCCCAAUUGACUCUACUUUUAAGUUUGACGGCAAUUCACACAACAGCAUUGACAAUGGCCCAAGCACUCUACGACUUGUGUGCGCGACCAGAACUUAUCCCUGAAAUUCGUUCCGAAAUUCUCAAUGCUCUCCAAGGGCCGCAGUGGCAGGGCAGCAGUUGGACCAAGAGCGCACUUGACGAACUCCACCUUUUCGACAGCCUGCUCAAGGAGUCGCAGCGACAAAGUCCUGUUUUCCUCAUGACCUUCAACCGCAUCCUUCCAAAGGCUCUCACUCUUUCAAAUGGAGUGCAUCUCCCAGCCGGUACCCGCAUCACAGUACCGCAGAAUGCAAUCCUUAACGACCCGAUACGGGUCCCCGGUGGGGAUCCAGCAACCUUCGAUCCCUAUCGUUAUGUAAAGUUGCGUAAGGACCUUAAAAAUACCCAGCGGUAUACCUUUGCCAUGAGUGAUGCUGAGCACAUGGCGUUUGGGUACGGGAAAUACGCUUGUCCGGGAAGAGCGUUUGUUGCCAAUGAGAUCAAACUAGUGCUCUCGCAACUCCUGCUGUCGUAUGACUGGAAGUUCCCAUCAGGACAAUGUCCGUCACGCCCGAAAAAUUUUACUGUGGACGGAGAUAUGUAUCCUGACAUGCAAGCCAGGGUACUUCUGCGUCGCAGAAAGGGUGUUGAUGUGUGA